CACUUUUAGUAACCUUUCAUUUUACAAGCGUCACAAAAACGUUUAUUUCGCAAACAUUUAUUCUACAUUUCGCCGGCACGAUUAAAAAAACUUAUUAUUACUGAGUGAGUAUUAAAAAUCAUCAAAAAUUGAGGCAGAAAACGCUGUGACGAUGGCUGUGGGGGCUACUCGUGUUGUGCAAGUCACAAAUAUAGCUCCCCAAGCCACAAAAGAUCAAAUGCAAACCUUAUUUGGAUAUCUGGGUAAAAUUGAAGAUAUACGUUUGUACCCCACGAUAAGAGAUGUAUCAUGCCCUGUUCAGUCAAGGAUCUGUUACAUUAAGUUCAUAGACCCUGUAACAGUAGGAAUUGCUCAGCAUAUGACAAACACGGUUUUCAUUGAUAGAGCGUUGAUUGUGAUUCCAGUGCAAAAUGGAGAGAUUCCCGAUGAAUAUUACGCUUUAGAAAUGACAAAAAACGGUACUAUAGUGCCUGGACUUUGCCCUAGUGAACCUAAAUUACCACCUAAUGUGAUUAAUACAGUAAGUGGCAUUGGAGUAGACCAAGUUAUAGUAACCACAGAUCCUAAAUUACUAGAAAAUGGAUUACCUGUUUAUCCACCUUUACCAGCCACUUACGAUAGUGUUAAAAUAGAAGAAGCUCGACGUACAAUUUUAGUACAUAACAUGGACUCAACGAUUACUACAGAUGAUAUUAUAAAUUUCUUUAGCAAAUGUGGUGAAAUGAAAUAUUUACGAACAUGUUCAAGAUCCUCAGAUAAUACAAGCCACAUGUUGGUGGAAUUUAGCGAACAACCUUGCAUAAUAGAAGCAUUAAAAUUAAAUGGAACCGAAUUAAAAGGCAAAAUAAUGAAAUUAACCCACGCCACACAACCUAUAACAAAACCCCAAGCAAAAAGCAAUGAAAUUGCACAAAGAGAAAUUGAAGAGGCGAUGUCCCAAGCAAAAGAAGCCCAAAACCUUAUUUCUGCAGCAAUGGAUCCAGUCAUUGGCAUGCUUUCUAAAGACAAACGCUCCUCCAGGCGAUCAAGAUCUCGUUCGCGCGGAAGACGUCGUCGUUCUCGAUCACGAUCUCGUUCCAGAAGAUCGCGUUCACGUCACCGAUCGAGAAGGUCAAAUUCGCGGACGAAGCGAUCGCGUUCUCGAGAACGACGCCGUCGGACUAGAUCUCGCGAAAGAAGAAGGUCAAGAUCACGAUCUAGACGAUCUCGUACGCGAUCUCCCCGACGUUCAAGAUCUAAAUCAAGAUAUUCUUCGCGGAGAGAUCGCGAACGGCAUCGUUCUAAGUCUAAAUCAAGAGACAGAAGGUCGCGGGAAAGAUCUAAAGAAAAAAGCAGGGGUAGAUCGAGAGAUAGGGAACGAUCUAAAGAGAGAAGAUCAAGAGAUGUUUCAAAAGAAAGGCGUUCGAGAGAUGUAUCAAAAGAACGCAGAUCAAGGGAUCGAGACGCAGAAAGAAAAGAAAAGGAAAAAGUGCGGGAAGGAAGAGAGUCGAAGGAAAAAAGAAGCGAUAGAGAGAGUAGCGUAGAUGAGAAACCGGUGGAGAAAAAGAGGUCAAGGUCGCGGAGCAGAUAUCGUUCUCGAUCUAGAGAUAGAAAAGCGCGUAAAGAAAAGCGAAGGUCAAGGUCGAGAGGAACGCGAAGAAGAACGCCAAGUCCUAAAAGAAGUAGAAGGAGGAGUCGAUCGAGAAGUCGCGAUAAAGAUAGGAAGAAGGAGAAGAAAGAUAGGAAGGAUAAAGAGAGAUCGCCAUCGCGUUCAAAAGUCCCUAGAAAUUAUGAUGAAGAAGAAAAGGGGUUUGAUUCUGAGAAGGAGAAGAGAAAAUCACAAGAUUCUGAUAAUCAAAACGAUAAGGAGUCUUCGGAGAAGUCGGAUAAUAUGGAUAUUUCUAAUUCACCUUACAGGGGUAGAUCGAGCGAUAGGGAACGAUCUAAAGAGAGAAGAUCAAGAGAUGUUUCAAAAGAAAGGCGUUCGAGAGAUGUAUCAAAAGAACGCAGAUCUAGGGAUCGAGACGCAGAAAGAAAAGAAAAGGAAGAAGUGCGGGAAGGAAGAGAGUCGAAGGAAAAAAGAAGCGAUAGAGAGAGUAGCGUAGAUGAGAAACCGGUGGAGAAAAAGAGGUCAAGGUCGCGGAGCAGAUAUCGUUCUCGAUCUAGAGAUAGAAAAGCGCGUAAAGAAAAGCGAAGGUUAAGGUCGAGGGGAACGCGAAGAAGAACGCCAAGUCCUAAGAGAAGUAGAAGGAGGAGUCGAUCGAGAAGUCGCGAUAAAGAUAGGAAGAAGGAGAAGAAAGAUAGGAAGGAUAAAGAGAGAUCGCCAUCGCGUUCAAAAGUCUCUAGAAAUUAUGAUGAAGAGGAAAAGGGGUUUGAUUCUGAGAAGGAAAAGAGAAAAUCACAAGAUUCUGAUAAUCAAAACGAUAAGGAGUCUUCAGAAAAGUCGGAUAAUAUGGAUAUUUCUAAUUCACCUUAAAUAUAAAACUAAAUGAUAUGAAAGUAUGUUGCAAAAGUUUGAAGAGAAAAUAUUAAUUUUUUAUAAUCUAAAAUGAUUUGUAUUGUCAGAAGCCUUGUACAUUUUAAUAAUUAAGUUGUUGCCUUUAUCAAAAAAUAAUCCUCUUUUUUUUGGUUGUAAUUGACAUUGAUUGUAAUAAAUACGUUCAUUAGAA